AUGCUCCACACACGGAAAAACGCUGGCCACAAAUUCCUUUUUUCGUCGUUACUCUUCGCAUCAAUUUUCUUUGCAUCACGCGCCGAAGUCCGAUUUUCCAACUCAGGCGAACCGGGCCUUCCGAAGGAGAAGAUGACAAGGCUUCGGUUUUACGUCCAGGAUUUUACCGGCGGCGAGAAGCGUACAGUCUGGCGCGUGGCCCAAUCCAAUUUGACCAAUAUCUUGCCGUCCAACUUUGGGCUCGUGGCUGUACUGGACAAUCUGGUGACAUCUGGGCCAGAAAUGAACUCUCGGGAAGUGGGCCGGAUGCAAGGUGUUAUUGGGAUGGCGGAUAUGCGCGUUAAGGCCCUAGUCAUGCUUCUCAACGUGGUUUUCACGAAAGGGGAGUAUAAGGGGAGCACCAUAAGUAUCCUGGGGAGGAACCCACUGGAUGAUGAGGUGAGGGAGGUCCCUGUGGUCGGGGGUACGGGGGCUUUUCGAAUGGCGCGUGGGUAUGUGAUUACGAACACGUAUUCUAAGAACGACACAUACGGUGUUUUCGAGUAUAAUGUAGUGAUUUGGCACCUCGAUGGCCAGGUGGCGUACGAAUGA